UUUUCUAUUUUCUGUGUAUUUAUUUGCAGCUUGUAGACAAUGGGAGACUGGAGCUUUUUGGGGAAUAUAUUGGAGGAGGUGAAUGAGCACUCCACUGUAAUUGGUAGAGUUUGGCUCACUGUCCUAUUUAUUUUCCGGAUCCUCAUUUUGGGAACAGCUGCCGAGUUUGUAUGGGGGGAUGAACAGUCUGAUUUUGUAUGCAACACCCAACAGCCUGGUUGCGAGAAUGUCUGCUAUGAUGAGGCCUUUCCUCUGUCCCACAUCAGAUUGUGGGUCCUGCAGAUCAUCUUUGUCUCCACACCAUCGCUGGUAUAUGUGGGGCAUGCUGUACACCACGUGCGGAUGGAGGAGAAAAGAAAGGAGCGAGAAGACGCAGAAAUGAGUAGGCAGCAGGAAAUGAAUGAAGAGAGGCUGCCGCUGGCUCCUGAUCAAGGGAGCAUCCGAACCACCAAAGAAACAAGUGCUAAGGUUACUAAGAAGUUUCGGCUAGAAGGAACCCUCCUAAGAACCUACAUCUGCCAUAUUAUCUUCAAGACAAUUUUUGAGGUGGGCUUUGUGGUCGGCCAAUAUUUCCUGUAUGGUUUCCGGAUCCUCCCACUGUACCGUUGCAGCCGUUGGCCUUGCCCGAACACGGUAGAUUGCUUUGUUUCCAGGCCUACAGAAAAGACUGUGUUCAUAAUGUUCAUGUUGGCUGUAGCGGCAGUGUCACUUUUUCUAAAUGUGAUAGAGAUCAGCCACUUGGGCUGGAAAAAGAUCCGUCUUGCAUUCCAAAGGUCCGCGGAUCAUCAACAACAGCUGCUGGGAGAAGUUUCUCAGAAGCCCCUGCACUCUAUAGCCAUCUCUUCCAUUCCAAAGUCUAAGGGCUACAAACUGCUGGAGGAAGAAAAGGUUGUCUCCCAUUUCUACCCAAUGACUGAAGUGGGAUUAGAAGCUAGCCCAUUUCCUACUCAAUUUAACAGCUAUGAAAAAAGCAGCACAGGACUCUUGGAAGACAUCUCAAAGGCUUAUGAUGAAACUCUUCCCUCCUACCGCCAAGCUGAAGAGCAAGAGGUGGUGAAAGUGCAAGUGGCCGAGACCUUAGAACAAACUCCAUCUGAACGAGCUCCAUCAGUGAGGGCUCCUUCGGUGCGUGCCCUCUCUGAACGUGUUCCCUCUGAGCGUGCCCUUUCCGAAAGAGCACCAUCACGCGCAGUUUCUGACCGCGCAGGCUCAGAGCAUGCUCCUUCUGAACAUGCAUCCUUUAUGAGAGUACCUUCUAACAAUGCACUCUCUGAAAGAGCACCCUCAGAGAGAGCCAUCUCCCGUGCUGGUUCGGAUCAUGCCCCUUCUGAACGAGCUCCCUCUCGGGUAGCAUCUGAGCUUGUACCCUUAGAGAGAGCUCCUUCUCGGACCAAUUCUGAACAUGCCCCUUCUGAGAGAGCUCCAUCUCGAGCUGUUUCUGAGCAUGCUCUCUCAGACCGAGCUCCAUCACAAGCUAUUUCUGAGCAUGCUCUCUCAGACCGAGCUCCCUCACAAGCAGCAUCAGAGCAUGCUCCAUCUGAACAUGCACCUCCUGAGCAAAUGCCUUCUCGAGCAGCUUCCAAUGUCCAGUUAAAUGAUGCUCCUGUAGAAAGCACCCAAGAAAUUGAUAGCUCACCUUUAGAAAUUGAGCGUACCCCCUCAAGGGCUCUCUCAGACCACAUCGGUACUGUUCCUGCCCCAUCAGAUCAUGGGUUUUCUCAACCUGUGCCUCCAGAAUCAGAAGUUUUUGAACCAGAACCUACAGGCCUUGAGUUGCCUCUACUAAGUUUUGAAUUAUUUCCAGAUUCCCGGUCCCUCAGUAGAUUAAGUAAAGCAAGCAGCAGGGCCCGAUCAGAUGAUUUGAUGGUAUGAAGAGAAAGUGAUAAUAAAAGGAGUAUAAGAAAGGUCUCAGUAGAGAAGUCUAAGUGAUUUGGAUAUUCAGUUACCAAAGGAUGUUUUAGAGGAACAUGCAGAAGGUUUUUGAGAAAAGUGCUUCCCAGGUGACCAUAUUUGAGGUGUUUUGUAAAGCCUUGUAAAGACAUGUCUUUAUAUCAGGAAAAGAAAAACAAAUAGCAUUAGUUUUAACUGAUGCAUUUUGUAGAAUUAGACAAUCAUGCUAUCCAUUUUUUUUAA